UGUACACCCACAACAAUAACUAUUGUCGAGGUAACCGCCACAAAGGUGAAAAUAUAUGCACGGCACAGUGUUUGUUUAAACUUUCUGCACGAUAACAAGAUGAACAAGCUGGUGGCUUAGAUGGGUGUACAAAUAUGGCGCCCUCUGUAGGGAAGCAAGAUCUUUCCCACCGUCUCUCUUCCGAGUGUGGGCAUUCCUUGCCCCCAGGCACAGCUUCCUGACCUGCACUUGUAGCUGGUGGUCGUUAUAGUAGCGUUUACACAGGUGGUCCCUGGGACCGGGCCGGCUGUAGCCUGUGACCCUGGCUUGCCCUUCUCUGCCCUCCAAGCCAAGUUGGGAUUAAUUUCAACAUUUACAUGAAAGAAAAUGGAAUUCUUCUGCCAUUUUCGGAGCGCUAAACAGAAGAUCUUGACUUUUGCCGGACUCGUUUCAGAGAGUCUGCCCAGAAAUACGUUUCAUUGCUCUGCGUUAAAGACUAAAUCCUCACCGACAUGGAGCAAGAAUAUAAAUCCGGGACAUUAUCGGCGUGAUACGAAUCUCCAGCGUCCCAGCUUUAUUCUGUCACAUAGAUCGGACUUCUCUAUGAAGGGCAGAACACAGAGUAGAAGCCAACAUACAUUUCACAGAACGAACGGGGUGUUAAGUAUUGACUGGUCACAGAGGGGCUGCUUAACUCCGCGCGUGCCAAGAAUCGAUGAAAUCGCCGUCCGUUCGCCAACCCGUCAGCCCAUGUACUCCAGACCCAUCCACACCACUGCUCAACGUAACGUUCUGCUGCCACCCCACGUGUGGAUUCUUAUUAAACCGGCACAGAAGCUCUUUGCGAUAAUCCUCGGCAGGAGUGUAAGGAAAUGGUGGAAAAGUCUUCCCUCCAACAAGCGGCAGCUGUUUAAAGAGAACGUCAGACGGAACAAGUGGAAGCUGUCGGGCAGCGUCGCCGCGCUGGGGAUCGUCUUCGUUCUCUUCUAUUGCACCCACUUAGAGGAAAGUCCCAUCACGGGGCGCAGCCGGCUGCUGGUGUUCAGAAAAGAGCAUUACAAUUUCCUCACUAACCUGGAGUAUGAGAGCCUGAUUGAAGAAUUUAAGGAUGCGAUGCUUCCCGUGGAAGAUUCUCGUUAUCAGCUUGUCCAGAAAAUUGUAGACCAUCUUAUCGCCUGCAACGGUGACCUUCCAGGGGUGUCUGAAAUUGAGUGGGUUGUCCACGUCGUGGAGAAACCAGAUAUUAACGCUUUUGUGCUGCCGAACGGCCAAAUCUUUGUUUUUACCGGCAUGCUGAAGGCCGUAGCGGACACCCACCAGCUUUCCUUCAUCCUGGGCCACGAACUCGCCCAUGCCCUCCUCGAGCACACGGCCGAGAUGGCCAGUGUCAGCCACUUCCUGGACUUCCUUUUCCUCAUUUCGCUUGCCGCGAUCUGGGCUCUCUGCCCCAUGGACAGCCUCGCAGUCGUCGGCCAGUGGAUCCAGUCCAGACUUAAAGAGUAUAUGUUUGAUCGACCCUUCAGCAGGACGCUCGAGGCGGAAGCCGACCGAGUGGGACUCCAGCUGGCCGCCAAGGCCUGCAUCGACGUGAGAUCCAGCUCAGUCUUCUGGAAACAAAUGGAGCUUUCGGAGACCCUGGAAGGGCAGCCGCGGACCCCGGAGUGGCUUUCCACCCACCCAUCCCAUGAAAACCGAGCCGACCACCUGGACCGGCUCAUACCGGAGGCUCUGAAACUAAGAGAAAUGUGCAACUGUCCUCCUCUACCUCUUCCUGACCCGAGAUUAAUUUUCAGCCUGAGCGUGAAUCGUCUCCUACAAUCCUCCGAGACGAGGGAGUCGAAGGCGCUAAAAGGAGAGCUCGUGCCCAUCGGAGUGAGCGACCGAGUCCCGCUGCCUCCCGCGGUCAAAGCCGUUUAGUGGAUUACGCAACACUUCGAACACUAAAUUGAUCGCGAAAAAGUGCGACAACAUGUAACGUUUCGCUUCAAAGUGUCUUCUAGACCUCGGCGGGGUUACCACGUUCUCGGCUCUCCUCGGGGAAACAUUUUGGGUUUCUUUCUGUUAUUUUUAAUUUAAGAUUUAGUUUAAUAAUCUUAAAAUGGUAAGACUUUUUAUUUUUUGGGCAGUGGUAAUUAUGUAACUUUCACAAAUAAUGCUGAUUAUGAAAACAAUUUCGAUCUGUAAUAGGAAAAAAAAACUAAUUUAU